AUGACCGUUUCGCGCGUGAUUUUGUCGGUCGACAUCCGUCUCUACACCGAAUAUACUUCAGUCUUGAUGAUACAGCUCUCGAACCAUGGCCCCUCCUUCAGAAAAGACCAAGGCUCAAUUCAGAUCACCGGGAUCGAACAUAUAACUCGGCAUAAUCAGGACCCUUACAAGGUAAAAAUCGAAAACUUCAUCGGCUAUACGCACGUUCCGGUCGGAUUAGCUGGGCCGCUACAUAUCCGGACGCCCACAGGGCCCGACAAGGAGAUCUGGGCGCCCAUGGCCACCACUGAGGCGGCGGUAGUCGCCAGCUGCUGUCGUGGAUGCAAAGCUGCCAAUGCCUCUGGUGGGAUUGAGGUCCACAUGGGAGCGGAAGGCAUGACGCGCUGCCCGGUCUUUCAGUUUCAGAAUCCCAGAUAUGCUUUACGAUUUUCACGCGUACUGCCUACCCUCCAGGCAUCGUUCAAAGAGGUGGCAGAAAGCACCAGCAAGCAUGCUCGCCUACAGAGCCUAACGCCGCACACGAUCGGGCGCUCUGUCCAUCUCCUUCUCAACUACACCUGCGGUGAUGCGUCGGGCCAGAACAUGGUGACCAUAGCUACAGACCGGAUCUGUGCCUGGGUAUCAAAGAACCUAGAAAAGGAAUAUAAGAUUGUGGAUACGUUUGUAGAAGGCAUGCUAUCCUCGGACAAGAAGCCAUCGUGGAGGAAUGUGACCGUCGUUCGGGGUGUCGAGACCGUGGCCUGGACAGCUCUAUCUGAAUCGGCAUGUCAGCGAAUUCUGGGCUGCUCAUCCGCAAAACUGUAUGACUUCAUACAGAUCACCCAAGAGGCGGCGAUUCGGAAUGGCGAACAUGGCAGUAAUAUGGACUCUGCCAAUAUAUUGGCAGCAAUUUUCAUUGCUACGGGCCAGGAUGCGGCGUGUGUCGCUGAUGCUUCGUGGGCACACCUGACGCCAGAAUACGAUCAAGUGUCCAAGACACUAACGUUGAGCCUUUAUUUCCCCUCUAUGCCUGUAGGGGUAAUUGGCGGGGGCACGUCAUACGCGACACAACAGGAAGGCUUGCGCAUCAUGCAGUGCAGUGAGCCCGGCGGUAAGCGACGACUGGCCGGGUACAUUGCUGCGUUUGCUCUGGCGCUGGAGAUCAGUACGGCUUCUGCGGUGGUGACGAAGACUUUUGCUCGCAGCCAUGAGCAGUUAGCACGUUGGGAGGCUAGUGAGAGGCCAAGAUCUAAGAUCUGA